AUACUGACUGGGGAAAACAACCAGGGUCUUCAUGCAACGUGUCACUAAUGCCAUCAGACAGUGGAGUGUACUGGUGUGAGUCUGGGUCUGGAAAACACAGCAAUGCUGUCAACAUCACAGUACAUGCUGGAGCUGUGAUCCUGGAGAGCCCUGCCCUUCCUGUGACUGAGGGAGAUUCUGUGACUCUGCGCUGCAGAUAUCAGGGAACUCCCUCUGACCUCACAGCUGAUUUCUACAAAGAUGGAUCCCUCAUCAGGACUGAGACUACAGGAGAGAUGACCAUCCCUGCAGCAUCCAAGUCAGAUGAAGGACUCUACAAGUGUACCAACUCUGAAGGAGAAUCACCAGAGAGCUGGAUGACAGUGACAGGUGAAACCAGGGUACCCAGGAAGACACACCAAGACCAAUUAGGUGAUCAUGUUGAAGAAGAGUGAGGCUGAGAUCACCUGAUCACCAUAACAACCAUCAGAAUGGAACUCAUGGCAUUCUAAUAUAGAACUGUGAGUCACAAUGCUGUAUGUUGUUACAUUGUAGCUCCACCUGCUGGAACAAUAGUGGCAUUUGAUCAAAUGUGAUCUAUUAACUGAUACAUGUAUUAUUCUGAUUGGAAUGUGUUUUAAUAUAAUGUGUGUUGUAUUAUUCAUUCAGCAGCUUUAACAUCAGUCAUAU